AAACAAUCAGAGCACGCAGCUUCCCUUUCCGACUACAGCUGUGCGCGGAGCUUCGUCGACUGCUUCAUGUGAUUUACAACUUGAAAACAUCAGGAGUAAUUCUCCGUGAAGACUGAGACAGUUUGGGCAGCAAUGUCUCAGCUGUACUAUAAGAAAGCUGACAGCUCCACGUACAGGGACCGCAUCCCUCUGCGGAUCGUGCGGGCAGAAUCGGAGCUCUCUGCUCUGGAGCGGGCCUACCUGGGGGCUGUAGAGAAGGGGGACUACGCCAGCGUGAAGCAAGCUCUGGAAGAGGCUGAGAUCUACUUCAGGAUCAAUAUCAACUGCGUUGACCCCCUGGGACGCACAGCUCUGCUCAUUGCUAUUGAAAACGAGAACCUGGAGAUUAUUGAGCUGCUCCUCAGCUUUAAUGUACACGUGGGUGAUGCCCUGCUACAUGCCAUCCGUAAAGAGGUAGUGGGGGCCGUUGAGCUGCUGCUCAACCACAAGAAGCCACGUGGGGAAAAGCAGGUUCCAUCGGCUCUGCUGGACAAACAGUUUUCAGACUUCACCCCAGACAUUACUCCGAUCAUCUUGGCAGCUCAAACUAACAACUAUGAGAUCAUCAAACUGCUCUUGCAGCGAGGUGUUUCUAUACCCCAGCCACACGCUAUACGUUGUAACUGUAUGGAGUGUGUGUCCAGUUCAGACGUGGAUGUCCUGCGUCACUCCCGUUCUCGUCUAAAUAUCUACAAGGCCCUUGCCAGCCCGUCGCUCAUUGCCCUCUCAAGCGAGGAUCCUUUCCUCACGGCAUUUCAGCUUAGCUGGGAGCUGAAGGAGCUCAGCACGGUGGAGAACGAAUUUAAAUCAGAGUAUGAAGAGCUGUCCCGUACAUGUAAACAAUUUGCAAAGGACCUCUUGGACCAGACUCGUAGUUCCAGAGAGCUGGAAGUAAUCCUCAAUUACCGUGACAACAUCAACCCGUUGCUGGAUGAGAACAUUAAUGAGCUGGCCCGACUGAAACUGGCUAUCAAAUAUUCCCAGAAAGAGUUUGUUGCUCAGCCCAACUGCCAGCAGCUGCUGGCGUCUCGCUGGUAUGAUGAAUUCCCAGGCUGGAGGAGGCGUCACUGGGCAGUAAAGCUCAUCACUUGUAUCUUCAUUGGCCUUAUGUUUCCACUGUUAUCCAUCUUCUACCUGAUCGCUCCAAAGAGCCGCUAUGGCUUAUUCAUCCGUAAGCCUUUCAUCAAGUUCAUCUGUCACACUGCUUCCUACCUGACCUUCCUCUUCCUGCUCUUCUUGGCCUCGCAGCAUUUACAGAGCGAUGAUCGGUUGGAACACCGUCAGGGCCCAUCACCCACCAUUGUGGAGUGGAUAAUCCUGCCCUGGGUGCUUGGCUUUUUAUGGGCUGAGAUCAAACAGAUGUGGGAUAGUGGUUUUGAGGACUACAUAGAUGACUGGUGGAACCUGAUGGAUUUCAUAAUGAACUCUUUGUAUCUUGCAACAAUUUCACUGAAGAUUGUUGCCUAUAUUAAGUACGGUGCAAAGUGCCAGUUGAGAGACACCUGGGAAACGUGGCACCCAACGUUGGUGGCAGAGGCAUUGUUUUCCAUCGCCAAUAUUUUCAGCUCCUUGCGUCUCAUUAGUCUUUUCACUGCCAACUCUCAUUUGGGGCCUUUACAGAUUUCAUUGGGCCGCAUGCUUCUGGACAUACUUAAAUUUCUCUUCAUCUACUGUCUAGUGCUGCUAGCAUUUGCCAAUGGCCUCAACCAGCUCUAUUUUUACUAUGAAACAAAUAACGGGACUUGCAAGGGCAUCCGCUGUAAUCAGCAAAACAACGCUUUCUCCACGCUAUUCGAAACACUGCAGUCAUUAUUUUGGUCUAUCUUUGGGCUGAUUAACCUGUACGUGACGAACGUGGAGCCGGACCAUACAUUCACAGAAUUUGUCGGCUCUACCAUGUUUGGCACCUAUAAUAUCAUCUCCCUGGUAGUGCUUCUAAACAUGCUAAUCGCAAUGAUGAACAACUCAUACCAGCACAUUGCUGAUCAUGCAGACAUAGAGUGGAAAUUUGCACGAACAAAAUUAUGGAUGAGCUAUUUUGAAGAAGGGGGAACUUUGCCAUCUCCAUUCAAUUUAAUACCCAGUCCAAAGUCAGUUUAUUAUCUAAUUGGAUGGAUAAAAACACAUUUGUUUAGGAGACCGAGCACAAACCGUCUUGAAACCUUUGAAACUUUGGGGAGACGUGCAGCUGGAAAUGUAAAAUUAAGCCAUGAGUAUCAGGAGGUUUUGAAGAACCUCAUGAAACGAUAUGUGGCUGCAAUGAUUAGAGAUGCCAAGACAGAGCAGGGGUUGACAGAAGAAAAUUUCAAGGAGCUCAAACAGGAUAUCUCCAGCUUUCGCUUUGAAGUUCUGGGAAUGAUGAAAGGUAAACCCGGGCUAGCAGGUAAUAUUGCAAGUACUACCUUGGCUUACCCUGGAAAUCCAUUCAAAUAUUCUCCUAAAUUCCCUAUUGAUGAGUCUCAACAGAAGCAGGACAUCUUUGAUAUGUUCACUGCCACUACCAACACUACCAACACCACCCUACAACCUGCCAAAAUCACCAGGUCUGCUUGCUUUAAUAGCCAAACCAGUGGUUCAGUUAUUUUGUCUACUGCAGGACAGACUCAAAAUGAGGCUGCCACAGAAGAUUCAAACACUGGAUCCCUUCACAAAAGGAAAAAACUCCCUUCUCUGAAAUGUGAUGAAAUAUGUUCAUUGCCAGAGGAAGAAAUGUUGGGUACUGAUGAAGAAACGCAAGGAAAACAUCAGACUGAGGACAUAAUUGUGGACGUUUCACAGACUGAUGAGAAGGAAUUCAAGGACAUUAAACCUUCUUGCAAAGAACUUGAUAAGGAUGGGCCGACAUAAUAUAAAAAUUAAUCUGCCAGCAAGUAAAACUUAAAAUAGUUUAUUGAAAUAAGUUUGCUUGUGAUAAACUGUACUGUAGUAAAUUACCUAUUCUGCUUAAUCAUGAAUUCUAU